UAACCACCGAAUUUAUUAUGCCCCACUCUGUUCCUUGUCCAACCUUUCUCUUUCCCUUGGUUUCGGAGGCUUUCAUGGUUAUCCAUAUUCUCUACUCUUCCUUUUAGGCCCUUCUAUUCGUGUCAGUUCUCGUGAUCUAUUAGCAUCCUUUCUUGUUCGACUUUUCUUCUUCUUCUUCUUCUUCUUUUUGUCUGUUUCGGUCUUCAACGUCUGGCUCUUAUGGGCCUAUGAAUGCACCAACCCUUCUUGUACCCAGGGGGGAGUUUUUAUACGUGCUGUUCAUUCAUCCACAGUAGUUGUAGAAGAUGAACACCGGAACCAUGUAACUGUGGUUGCACGAAGUGGAGAACUUUCUUGGGUUUUUGAACCUGUCACUCUUACGUUCGUGUCAGCGGAAUCGUCUUAUUGAGGCAGAAGAACCAUAUCUACACAUUUAUUGGUGUUUGCUUCCCCGUACGCCAUUCCUUAAAGCGUCCGGCUGUUACAUUUUUCUUGCUUCCAACAUGUCGCCCAAGAUGAAAGGAAUCUACAAAAGUUUCAGAUUCAUUUCCCAAAUAUUUGUUGUGAAGGAGCGUGAGAUUGAAAUUGGGUACCCGACAGAUGUUAAGCAUGUGGCACACAUAGGAUUGGAUGGCCAAUCUGGCAGUGCACCUAGUUGGAUGAAUGAAUAUGAAACAUCAUCCGAGUUUUCAACGAAAUCGCUUGGAAGCCUUGGUGAAUUUAGAGAUUCCAACUCUAUGCCUCUUUCCACAAGGUCUUCUCAUGAUUUUGAGCAUUCCAUGAGACACCAACCGGCAUGUGACACGUUCAAAGAUGUUCCACCUACUGAACUUCAUAACGUUCACAAGAAGCAGAAGCGGAAAAAGUCCAGAUCAACUUCUUCUCCCAAGUCUUCUUUCUCUAGAUCCUCACGAUCAGCAAAGUCGAAGUCUGAUAUGGAUGCAGCAUUAAACCUACAAGUCUAGAAAUGGUGUAAUAUUAUGAAAUUGAUGCAGGGAACUUGAAAACAAAAAUGUCAAUGUCCUCAGCAGACUUUGUGGAAUCCCCUUCUCUUCUUGCUCGGGUUUUUGACAAGGUCAUCAAGAAGAACAGCAUAGGAGGUUGAAAAAUCUCUUGUAAAUUGGAAAAAAAAAAAAAAAAAAGUCAUGUUUUUCCGAAAUGUGGAAAUUAAAUAGGUGGUGGCAAGAAAGAAGGAUGAUCAAUGUUCAAAGGGUUGCACUUGAAGAUGAAAGCUUUUGGCCUUGUAAGGAAUAAGCACAUAGAGAGUUGAAUUUCUUCAGUUCUGCUGCUGCAAGUUUGGCUAAUUUAGAUAUAGAUCUUUAAACAGAAUUCAAGAAAAUGCAAAGAAUUCUAGGGGAUGCUGUCUUUCUAGUUCUGGAACAGACCUUGAUUUAGAAUGCUUGGUGUUAACUAGGAAAUUCUUUUGUAACUGAUUCUUUCGGAAGCUAGAAAUCAGUUACUGGA